GCUCCGCGCCCCUCCGCGCCACCGGGCUCCCCCAAGAUGGCCGCCGACGUGGGAUCGAUGUGUCGAUACCGGACACGGUUUGAUGCCCGCCGGCUCCAGGUGAUUGCACUUAGUAAGAGAAGCAAGGAGGCUGAGACGGCUUUCCUGAGCGUUUACAAGCAAUUGCUCGAAGCUCCAGACGCCGCUCCUGUGCUGGAGGCUGCCCGGAGCCUGGAGGAUCGGCUGCAGCAGCUCCAGCGCCUCGAGCCCGAGCCGCCGCCCCUGAAGGAGCUCAGCCGGCCCUGGAAGAAGCACCCGGAGCUCGGCAGCACCAAAGAGCGCAGGGAGGGGAAGUCGCCGGCAGCCGAGCCCCCGCUCCCCGGCCUCGACGGCAAAGCGCCCAGCACAGAGACCUCGCUGCAGAGAAAUGAGGCAGACAAGCAAAAGGGCCUGCAGGAAGCUCAGGUCACCUUGGCCGCUCGGCUGGGGGAGGCAGAGGAGAAGAUCAAAGUGCUCCACGCAGCGCUGAAGGCCACCCAGACGGAGCUGCUGGAGCUGCGCUGUAAAUACGACGAGGAAGCGGCGUCCAAGGCAGAUGAAGUCGCCAUGAUCAUGACCAACCUUGAAAAAGCCAACCAGCGGGCGGAGGCGGCGCAGAGGGAAGUGGAGAGUUUGCGGGAGCAGCUGGCGGCCGUCAACAGCUCCCUGAGCCUGGCCUGCUGCUCCCCGACGGGCACCACGGGGGACAAAGUGAACUAUUCCAUGUGCUCAGGGUCGAGGCUGGAGGCAGCUCUGGCUGCCAAGGACCGGGAGAUCCUGCGGCUCCUGAAGGACGUCCAGCACCUGCAGAGCUCACUGCAGGAGCUCGAGGAGUCCUCUGCCACCCAGAUCGCCGAGCUGGAGGGGCAGCUGGCCGCCAAGAACGAGGCCAUCGAGAAGCUGGAGGAGAAGCUGCAGGCACAGGCUGACUACGAGGAGAUCAAAACAGAGCUGAGCAUCCUGAAGGCGAUGAAGGUGGCCUCUGCUGGCUGCAGCCUGCCCCAGGCAAGUGCCGCGGCGCGUCCCGAGGCGCUGGCCGGGCUGUGCCAGCCCUGCCGACGGUGCCUCCGCCGCCUGUCCCCAUCUCGGCUUGGCUCCUUGCAGAACAUCUCGAAGGCAGAGGAGUCCCUGCUGCUGGGGAAGGAGGCUUUCUACCCCUCCCAGAAGUACCUGCUGGAGAAGCCCAGCCUGCUGACCAGCACUGAGGAGGAUCACUCCGAAGACGAGUCAGGGAAGGAUCCACUGGGCAUGGAGCAGCCGUACCCAUCCCCUCACCACGCCCCGGCCGAUGACCCCGCAUCCCCCACUCCCCUCCCAACGCUGCCUGGCCCUGGCAUGGCCCCCGAUGGUCCCCGGACUUUCUCGCUGUCCCCCUUCCCGGGGGGCGAGCGUCUUUCAGGGGACCCCAAGGCUCCCCACCUCCCGCUGCCCAGCUACAAGAGCGAGAGCAGCAGUGGGGCACCGCCCUUCCCCUCCUCCUUCUUCGGGGCCAAAAGCAGCACCGUGCACCCCGUCCCCGUGCCGGCCGCCAGUGCCACCAGCCCGCCCGGCGAGCCCUCCGAGGGCAGCGCCGGCAGCUCCACUGAGGAGGAGCAGCUGGACACGGCCGAAAUCGCCUUCCAGGUGAAGGAGCAGCUGCUGAAGCACAACAUCGGGCAGAGGGUCUUUGGGCACUACGUGCUGGGGCUGUCGCAGGGCUCCGUCAGCGAGAUCCUGGCACGGCCCAAGCCCUGGCACAAGCUGACGGUGAAGGGCAAGGAGCCGUUCAUCAAGAUGAAGCAGUUCCUCUCCGACGAGCAGAACGUGCUGGCCCUGAGGACUAUCCAGGUGCGCCAGAGAGGUAGCAUCACGCCACGGAUCAGGACACCGGAGACCGGCUCCGACGACGCCAUCAAAAGCAUCCUGGAGCAGGCAAAAAAGGAGAUUGAGUCGCAGAAGGGAGGGGAGCCCAAAACGCCGUCAGCGUCACAGGCAGUGGCCAACGGGGCGGGCGGCAGCAGCUCGGAGGACGCCAUCAAGAGCAUCCUGGAGCAGGCGCGGCGGGAGAUGCAGGCGCAGCAGCAGGCGCUGCUGGACAUGGAGUCGGGGGCCAGCGGGCGCGGGGGGGACGCGGCGCCCGCCGAGCGCUCCACGCUGGCCACCGUCAGCCAGAACGUCGCCCCCGCCUACGUCAAGCAGGAGGAGGGCAGCGGGGCCAGCCCCGGCCCACCGCAGACGCCCCUGGCCGUGCUCUCCCCCGCCGCCUUCGUCCAGAGCAUCAUCCGGAAGGUGAAGUCGGAGAUCGGCGACGCCGGCUCCUACUUCGACCAGCACUGGGCGUCGGAGCGGAGCCUGCUCAGCCGGCCCUACACCUCCGUGUCACCUUCGCUGUCCUCCUCCUCCUCGAGCUACUCCAGCAUGGCCAACGGCCGGGGCUGGCCGCGGGGCGAGCCCGGUGAGGGAGGCACCAACGAGGACGAGCUGCAGCCGGCGGACGAGGAGCCCCACCGGCUGUCGGAGAUGAAGGCGGAGGGAGCCGGCGCGGAGCCGGCGGCUGGUGGGCGUCUGUCCUACUACCCCACGUACGUGCCGCGGACCCUGAAGCCAACGGUGCCACCGCUGACGCCAGAGCAGUAUGAGAUGUACAUGUACAGGGAGGUGGACACGCUGGAGCUGACCCGGCAGGUCAAGGAGAAGUUGGCCAAGAACGGCAUCUGCCAGAGGAUCUUCGGAGAGAAGGUGCUGGGACUGUCCCAGGGCAGCGUGAGUGACAUGCUGUCGCGGCCCAAACCGUGGAGCAAGCUGACGCAGAAGGGUCGGGAGCCCUUCAUCCGCAUGCAGCUCUGGCUGUCAGACCAGCUGGGCCAGGGGAUCAGCCAGCAGCCCACACCCUCGCAGGCCAGCCCGGCGGAACCCCAGCCGUCCCCCUCACCGCCCCCCAGCCCCACCGAGCACGAGAAGGGCUGCCAGGAGCCCCUCACCCUGGCCUUGGAGAGCAGCAAGGAAAACCAGCAGCCCGAGAGCCGCUCGACGCCUGCGCUGGGUGGGAAGACAUAUCCCAACAGCCAGGGGCCCGUGGGCAUCCAGGAGAUCGUCGCCAUGUCCCCCGAGCUGGACACCUACUCCAUCACCAAGAAGGUCAAGGAGGUCUUGACGGACAACAAUUUAGGCCAGCGGCUGUUUGGGGAGAGCAUCCUGGGCCUGACGCAGGGCUCGGUGUCCGAUCUCCUCUCCAGGCCCAAGCCGUGGCACAAGCUGAGCCUGAAGGGGAGGGAGCCCUUCGUCCGGAUGCAGCUCUGGCUCAACGACCCCCACAACGUGGAGAAGCUGCGCGACAUGAAGAAGCUGGAGAAGAAGGCCUACCUGAAGCGGCGGUACGGGCUGAUGAGCGCUGGCUCGGACAGCGAAUCCCCCAGCGCCCGCUCCGAGUGCACCAGCCCCAGCGCGCCGCCGCAGGACCUCAGCCUGCUCCAGAUCAAGAAGCCGCGGGUGGUGUUGGCGCCAGAGGAGAAGGAAGCCCUAAAGAAAGCCUACCAGCUGGAGCCAUAUCCCUCCCAGCAGACCAUCGAGCUGCUCUCCUUCCAGCUCAACCUCAAGACCAACACCGUCAUCAAUUGGUUCCACAACUACAGGUCACGGAUGCGCCGAGAGAUGCUGGUGGAGGGCGCGCAGGACAAUGACACGGACCCGGAGCAGAGCGGUGGGACAGCCAUCCCCGGGCGCCGGGCCCCCCCCAGCCCCGAUUCGGACACCGAGGAUCACAAACCCGUGUUCGUGGGGGGCGAGCCCCCCUGUGCCGCCGUUCCCGUGAAGGUGAAGGAGGAGCAGGGGGAUCCGGGCGGCUGGAGCCGCCGGCGGGACUCACGCAGCCCGGCCGGAGCGGCCGAAGGGACCGGACCUCCUCAGGAGGAGCGGGGGGCAGCCCCCCACGCCGCCGCCCCCAGCGCCGGCAGCCUCCCACGGCGGGGAGGCCGCGCCAGUGCCACCGCUGGGGGACCUCUACCGCCGCCACCGCCACAUCCCGACAGCUCCCAGUCCUCCGCGGGGUCAUCCCGUUGCAGCUUGGUGGUCUCCCCAACGUCGCCCUCGGCAGCUUCCUCACCCGGCCUCACCGGCUCAGCCUCACCAGGACCUUCCUCUGCCGGGCCGGUCUCGCCGGCGCUUCCACCGGCUCCUGGCCCCCGGCUGAGCACCAGUGUCCAGCGGCGCCACGAGAAGAUGGCCAACCUCAACAACAUCAUCCACCGCCUGGAGCGGGCUGCCAACCGCGAGGAGGCCCUCGAGUGGGAGUUCUGAGCCCCCCGCCACCCUAAAUAUAUAUAUACACCCCCCCACAUAUAUAUAUAUAUUUUGAUAAAUGCAGUGUGCACCAGGAGGUGACGAGUGGCUGGCGCCACGGAAGAGAAGCGCCCAUGAAAAAGAGGGGACCCCCCGCCCUCUGUGAAUCCACCCCAUCCCUCUGGCUUUGUUUUAAAUGUGAAAAACUGGGAACAAUUUUAGAAAAGAAAAACAAAAAAUCAAAAAAUAUUUAUAGACCUCUUUUAGAUAUUUUAAUAAAAGGAUACUUUGGAAUUUAUUAACAGCUUAAGCUGCUUUGAUAUUAAAGAUAGCUAUAAAAUCAA